UGAUUAUGAUUGAGGACUACUAAUUAGGACUCUACUAAAUUUUAAGUUCUAAGUUAGUAAUUUAAUUCAUACCUAUGUGACUAUAAGUUAAAUAUGAUUAAGUAAUCCAUACCUCUUAGUCUUAAGGUGUUGGUAGGUGGUAGCAUAGUAGAAGGGAUGUGUUCGGACUAGGAUACUAAACUUGGCAUAUUAUUUGUAGGAGCUAUGGAUAGGACAUGGAUGUCUGCCAAUCGAAUGUCAAAAGAAUAUCGAGAUGGAGUGAAAGACUUUGUUAUGGUAGCAGUAGCCAUCAUUUUGUGUAAAUAAAAAAAAAGAUAGUUAAGAAAUAUUUAACAAGGAAGAGGAAAAGACCGACUUGAUUUUGCAUGGUGAAUAGCUUAUAAUAGUCGGAAUAAAAAAGGAACACCUGGUGUGACUCUGAUGCGAAAAAAUUUCAAAGCUAAAAGUAGUGGAAUUAAGUUGGAAGUUACAUGGAAUAAUAGAGGGCAGCCAAUUGGACGUAACAGCAGAUACUUAAGUAGUUAUAUUGGUGUCACCGCUCGUCGGAUAGUUCCAAUUUAUUUUGACCGUUGGAACGCGAAAGAUGAAACCGUAAGACCUGCCUAUGAUGCUUAUAAAAAAGAUAUUUGGGACGAAAUUAGAUCAGCUUUUGAAAUUGGCGAUGAACAUUACGAUUAUGUAAUGACAGCAGCUGGAACUUGUCUUAGAGCAUUUAGAACCAAGUUGACAACGGAGUAUCUAAGAGGUGGUGAUGGUAAUGUUAUUAGACAACGGCCGAGUAAAUAUUCUCAUGUAAUUGAGCAAGAGCAUUGGGAUAUUUUUGUUGCUAGGCGUGAGACUGAAGAAUUUCAGGUAGUUUGAGGGCUUCCUUUUUCGAUGAAGUGGGUGGUUCUCAUCAAGUGACAGGUUGCAGAAGAAAGUAGGGAUAGAGUUUGACUAUCUUUUGUAGUGGUCUUUGUGUUUUGUACUAAAAUUUGUCAUUGAUUUUCUCAUUAGAAGCUAUGGCCAAAGUUUGACAAUAUCUCUUUUGUAGUGGUCUUUGUGUUUGUACUAUUCAAUUCGGAUUUGUCUUGUAGUCGGAUUGGUUUUAUUUAUGAAAUGAAUGUAUUACAAGA